AUUUCGAAUUUCAUUUCAAUAGCCUUUAUCAUGAUGAUCGACGCCCACAUUUUUUUCAUUUCAUCUACCUCCAGGCUCCAGCCCUCUUAAUCUCAGCUGCAUUCAUACUCUGAAAAUUAAUUUUUGGUAUUCUGAGAAGAUCAUCGAGUACGAGAGAUUAAUUUUCGGUUUGUGUGAAUAAUGAAUCAAAACUCUGCAAUUUGGGAGAGAAUGAGAAACCGUUGCUUAAAAUCUCGUGUAUUGACGCCUUCUUCAGGAUGAAAGGGACGGAGGAACUGAACAUGCUAAUGAUGCCAUAUCUAGUCAACUGGUUGAAAUUGAUGGUGGUCUUCAGUUAAAUGAGGAUGCCAUAUGCUCAAGGUCUAGCGAUGGAGGGUUUGAGCACCAUACGCAAACAGCACCAGAAGAAGAGAUCAAAAUUGGAAGUGGUGCAGAGUUACAUCAUGAGGGCGGAAGCACAUGUAACUGUGAUGAAGGAGGGCCUAUGUGUGAUAAUAAAAGCACAUUUAGACAUAGGGUCAAAACUGAAGGUGGAGCUGAGUUUAAUGAUGAGGCUGGAGGGAUCGAUAAAGAGAGUAGUAGCUCAAUGUCUUUUGCUCAAACCCUCCACUUUUGAAUAGUUAUUAAAGACUGAGAAUGGAAAGGAUCGAGCUCGAAUUGAAGAUGUAAUGCGUGCUCUUUUUGGGGAUUCAGAUGAGGAACCAGGACAAUAUGAAGCUGAGUAUGGCUCUGAUCAAGGGAAAAACAAUUCUAUAUCUCCUGAACACAAAUUAAGUUAUGAGGGAGAUCUGGAGUCUGAAGGUAUUGUAUCAAGUGAACAUACACAAUUUGGACCCGAAGAAGAAGAAGAAAAGGCCGACGAUAAACUAGAGGGGGAGUCAAAGGAUAAACUGGAGGAGCAGUCAAUCGGUAGGUUGCUGGUGCUGGAGUUUCCAAACCGCACUCCACUUGCUGACCCAUCUCAGAUGGCAACAACUGAACUCUCAAACAUAAUAGCAUUUGAUAGUAAGCCAUUUGACCCAACAACAUACUCGGGGGAAGAUAUUUAUAUAACAGACACUUCCGGAUCUGAAAGGGUUAUCCCAUCAACCAAUAUCGUUCAAUGGAGAAAUGUCGUAAACAUUGAUGGAACAAUCUCUGUUGAAAGCAAUGCACGCAUUGUGAAUUGGUCGGAUGGGAGCUUCCAGUUGUUAAUUGGGAAUAAAGCAUUUGACAUCACGGAGGAAGUCGCAAACAAGAUCCUAUCAUAUUCUUUCUUCUGGCAUCAGGGCAUCUACCGGUCUCUGGUGAGCUUCUCUAAAUCGGAAAAGGUUGCUUCAUCUUCUGUAGUUUCUGAUCCCGAUAGUUCGACUGUUCAUGGUGCUAUGCCUGAACCAGAGCAAUUACAGCAGGAUGAUCAAAAAGCAACUGAAGACAAUCGCUCACUUAACCAGAAGAGUAAUGACACCCAAUCACAACAACCGUAUCUGAUGAAACAGACGACGUAGAUCUUGAGAGGCAGAAAGAUCGUCAAACUAAGAAGCGUAGGCCAAGACGCGGAUAAAGCUGAGGGGAGUUGGAACUUGAACAUGACAGGGGUUUGAUGAGUUGCUGAGUUAAGGAACAAUUCUCUUAAUAAAUUACUGGAAACUUUUUAUAUGCUUUCAUUGGCGUGAUUAUAUAUAUUUAUCAAAGAUAAUCCUUUAGUUAUGCAUUCAAUGCAAUGUUUUUAGGGUUCGUCGAUACACAAUGAAAAUGUUAAUGGUAAUUGAUGUAAGUGUGUGCGUGCGCUUGCGCA